CGUGAGUCGGAUCCAGAGUCAGAAGCCCCAGCUCGAGCCUCCAACGAGACACCUGACUCUGACACGGUGUCCUCACCUCUAUCUUUUUUACCACCGAAGCCAGACCCAACAUCAUUAGCAGACAUAGGGGCAGAAUUAAGGACCAUAACAGCAAUGAUGGUCACUAACACUGAUCUUCAGACCCUAUCUACAAACUUACAUGAGGCGAUCCGUGCCGAGGUAUCUGUUCUAAAGAUCGAGGUAAUGGCACAGGAAGCCAGGAUCUGUACACUUGGAGGCACGCUUCAAAACAUAGAAAUUGAUACACGAGCAGAUACUACUGCAAUCUCAAGACAAGGAGAUAUGCUACUCACAAUUGUGCGACAAGUCAACGAUUUCGAUAAUAGGACCCGCAGAGUAAACAUCAGGGUUCGAGGAGUCCCUGAAGCCCAAGAUGGAGAAGAUGCCGAGGAGGUUCUCUCCUCCCUAUUUCGACAUAUACUCAGGAAUGAGGCUUCCAAUAACUUUCAAUUUGACCAGGCACACCGCGCUACUAGAUUACGAAUGCAAGAUGGGCCGCCACGAGAUCUUCUCUUUUACUUACUUCAACUUAAGGAUCGUAUUAUGCUAAAAGCUUGUUCAAGGUCCCACUGGGCUUUUAGAGGUGCAGAUGUAAAGAGAUCUAUUCCCUAUCACCUUAGAAGCAAGGAAGGCUUUAAGGCUGAUCACAAUGGCCCUGUGGGAGUGGAAUGUCUCUUAUAA